CAGUCGUCUUAAGUCAAAUUAGUGUUUUAGUGCACGAUAGUAUAAUUUUGUAUUGUUUAUGUAAAAUGUGAGUGAUAAAUUAAAAUUGAAGGAUAUGGGUAAAGACAGCGAGUUGUUAGAAGCUGCUCGGAAUGGCAAUGUACCAGUGGUUGAAAAAAUUCUAGCCCAGAAAUCUAAGAGGAGUGGCCCUCUGGCAAGUCUUCGAAGAGGUGCUGGUGCUAAUGUACAAGACAGCAGUGGUUACUCGGCUCUGCACCAUGCAGCUCUCAAUGGACAUACAGAGGUGGUGCAGUUGUUGUUACUGCACGAAGCGUCGCCAAAUAUGGCCGACGCUCGUGGUUCUUCAGCUUUGCAUCUCGCUGCUUGGGCUGGUCACGAAGACAUUGUCCGAAUGCUUUUGCGACAUCCGCAUAGACCAGCAAAUCCAAACUUGCAGACUUCUGAUCGCGAAACUCCUUUGCACUGCGCGGCACAACAUGGUCACAGAGCCGUGUUGGCGCUUUUAUUGCGUCACGAUGCAGAUCCAUCGGUGAAAAAUGGGCGCGGUGAGACGCCACUGGAUUUAGCUGCACAGUAUGGUCGCUUGGACGCCGUUCGAAUGCUAGUGGGCGCUAGACCCGGAUUGCUAGAACCAUUAAAAUGUCCAAGGACUGGAAAUCCUUUGCCCCAUUCACCACUUCAUCUAGCUAGUCGCAAUGGUCACAAAGAAGUGGUAGAAGUUUUGCUUCAAGCUGGUGUUUCUGUCAACUUACUAACACCAGCCGGCACCGCAUUACACGAAGCAGCUCUAUGUGGAAAAGCAAACGUUGUCGCCUUGCUGCUUCGACGUGGUGCUGAUCAAGAAGCGAGAGAUGCAGCUGGUAGAACUCCAUUACAAUUAUUGCAGCAAUUCCCAGCACAUGUGACGAGGAGCAUAGUAGAUGUUUUUAAUAAUCAUCGUUCGUGUAAUAGUUACGACAUGGAAAGCGAAGAUUCAUCUCCUUUGCCACCAAUUCCCCUUGGAAGCCCCUAUGAGAAUGUCAGGACGCAUGGUUAUUCGCCGACUCAUUACAAUGAAUCGGCGCCUGAAGAAUCGGCGAGCCCGGAAAAUACUGCGAGUCCAGAACACUGCACUAGACCCGUCAGGCCGCGAGCUUGUUCCGCAGAGAAUCGGAGUAACACGACGGACGGCUAUGUAACUAUGAAUUCGCUGCAGAACGGACACGUACCCAACAAAGUAUCGCCCACUCCCCCAAAGAAGCCUCCGCGUCGAAAUCUGUCAGUAUCACCCACACAUCUCACCCCGUUGUCUUCUUCGUGUACUGGUACAAGUACAGGCGCCGGUACGCCUGGAUCGCUGACAGGCGCAUACGAAUACCUGUUCUUAGCACGAAGUGGGGUUCGCAGUCAUGGGGAUCUUGACACCCUUACUGCCGGCUUGAGUCUGGGUCAAGAGGAUUUUUUGCGAGUUGCUGAAGCUUCAGAUUACGUCCCGAUGAGAAUGCAGAAUCCUCGGCGUAAACUUAAGCGGCAUCCUGACGCAUCUAGUCGCGGCAAUGCAUCUGUGGCAACGCCUUUGAGUCCGACACACUACCAACAACCGCCGACUCCUGAGCAUCCACCACCAUCAGCGCUUCAGGCUGAAAAGAGCAUACAUGAACGUAUCAGGCCGCUAAGUCAGGAAUAUAAGCGUCGUUCAAUGCUAAAUUCGAUGGGCGGUGAGGCUCAUCGCGAGUGUGAAACAGAAACCGAAACUGACCCCCGUGAUUCAACGGGCGUUCCACUGGCUUCCCUGGGGGCAUCGAGCGGGUCGCUUUCGUCCAGCGUGUCUUUGUCUGAUCGAAGCGCCUCGACGGAUUGCGUGGAGGAGUUCGUUGGAGAUGUUCCUUUUGCAGGUCUGUUUAAGGGUUCGACGAUGGCGCUGGACAGUCGUUGCCCAGUACCAGCUGAACGACCAAAAACUUUAAGAAAACUUAAACAUGUUUACGAAAAUACACAUGUGACGCAAAAUCAACCGUCAGCUGAUGACUCAUCUGAACAUUCCGGUGGAGAAAAAGAUGGAAAAGGUGACCAAUCUUCAAAGCGCUCUCAUACGCCGACGAAUAGCAAUGACCAGCAACGAGGAGACCGUACAGUAUCUGUGUUGAGUCCAUUUGAUGAACAAGAAGAAUGGAAUAAAAUCUCAGAAAUUAUGGCCUCUUUUGGCACUGGUUUAGUACGAGAGUCUGUAUUUGUUACAGAAUUAGAAAAAGAAUUCCAAAGCAGGCUGGGUAUCGGUUCACAACCGACCACUCCGUUGCCUUCACCUCUUAUCUCUUCAGGAAACUCGCCUGCUCCAUUAGGUAUGUGGCUUAGAGGAUUAGGAAUGGAAAAAUAUGAAAGUAAUUUUAUAGAUUCUGGAUUUGAUAAUGUUGAAUUCAUGAAUGGACUUUUAUCAGAAGCAGACCUUUUUGAAAUGGGUGUCGUGGAUCCUGAAGAAAUCGCAGUGCUUAUGAAAGCUGUGAGCGAAUUGCCAAAGCCUACACCUCCAAUCAAAAUAACAUCUAAUAGUAGUAGUGAAAAUAACAACGGUACAUCUAUGGCUGUGCAGAAUUGGUUAGAGUCAAUAAAACUAGGAGAGUACGCUGAGACGUUUAGGAAACAUAUGUACACGGAUAUGGAACGAAUAGGGCGCGUGUGGGAAGUAGAACUUUCGGCUGUGCUAGAUAUCGCAAAAACUGGUCACCGAAAGCGGAUAUUACAUUCGCUGUCUGGAACACAAUCUCCUCCUGGACCCAAUAUGGAUGAAAUCGCUCAAGAGCUUUCACAAAUGAAAAACAAUGGACAUCAUCACCAACCGACGAGCACCGUUUCUUCUUCGAGCACUGCUCCAAAUCUUCGAACGAUUAAGGAGGAUGCCACCAGGCCUGCGACUUCUUCGGAGUUGGUUACGACGAACGUGACUGUGCCAGCGAGUACACUUUCACGGCACAGUCAUCGCAAAUCGCGUCCUGCUCCUCAGCCGCCGGUGCCGGCAGAAGAACUGGAGAUUCGUGCUCCAUCAGAACUUUUGUUGGGAGUGCCAAGCGCUUUGCGGACACAGUGGAGACAUACCCCGUACACUUUGCUUAACGGAUCAGUGGCUUAUUCUGCAUUUUAUAUGGGGUCGACGCUUGUGAAAGAGUUACGCGGCACGGAAUCGACGCGUAAAUCUAUGCAGAAGCUAAAAGCAUCAGCGGCCGCGCCCGACACGCGGCUUCACAACUCGCCGCCCGUUAGGCUUGCCAUUUCGCACCGAGGGGUGCAAUUCAUUAACCCACAAACCGAUGCCAUAAUUUGCGAACAUGCUAUCAGAAACAUCCACUGCGCUUGUCAAGACGCUGACGAUUUGUCACACUUCGCUUACAUUACUAAAGACUCGGACAAUCGUACGCACUAUUGUCAUGUUUUUCAUGUGGAUAGCAUGGACCAGGCCACGGAGAUCAUUCUAACUCUCGGCCAGGCCUUCGAAGUGGCUUACCAGCUCGCCCUGCGCGAGAGCAACUCGAAGAACAUGCAGCCAAUAACUCCGGUUCGCUCGGCGAUCGCCACGUGCCACAGCCCUCGGGCGCCCAUCGCAACCGAGGAACACCUCUAGUUGCGAACAUUACUGAUCGUAGUAAGUUUAUCCGUUGAUAUUUAUUAUA